CCUUCACGUGUCCCCGUGGGUUUGCCGGUGGCGCCAUGCCAUUCGAAGCCACGACGGAGGUUGUGGACUUGAUCAAGUUUGUGGAGCAGCAGCAUGCCGCAUUGAUUCACGAGCUCUCCGUAGCGCUGGGCCAGGGUCCCGGUUGCAAGCCUGAAGGUGGCCAUGGUCCUUUCCCUGCAGUGAUGACAGCACAGCCUUUUGCAGACAGAGAUCCUGAUGCGCUUACAGAAGGAGAUCCCCAUGAGCUCGGAAAAUGUGGAGAUGUGUUGUGUUCCAACCUCAAAGAGGACCACUUGUCGAAGGACCAGCAAGGUGACACAAUGACCUCCGGGAACGAGCCGCUUCGCAGCUCAGAAUCCCAUGCUCAGGAUGCUCCGGAAGCGCCGAGAGCUACAUCAAGCAGGAACCUGAAAAAUCUGUUGAUGGCGCCAGACGAGAACGGUGAGCCUUCCAGUCCUUGCUGGUGGCUUCAACGAUAUAUGGACAGUAUCACCAUGAUCCUAGUCGUCGCAAACACUCUCAUUUGGAUGGCAGAGGCUCAAUACGAGGGCGAAGCGUUUGGUCGUUCUGUUCCACAAGACGGACCACCGGAUGCCGCAGCCCAUAUGGCUGCUCGCCAUGUAUUUGGAGUGCUUGAUUUCCUCUUUGAUUUCUUCUUUCUGAUUGAGCUGGGCACCCAAUUGGUUUCCACUGCUGAUUAUUUGUCUUUCGCCAAAGUUGAGAUCUUUGGCAUGAUCUCUAUGGCAUUGCUCUCCUUAGUCGAGAUGGGCCUGUUCCUUUGCCAGUGGUCUGGCCUACGCAUUUCAGAUGAUGUUUUUCACUACGUCCAUGCAGCCGCAUGUUUCCGCAGCUUGCGCUGCCUGCGAACACUGGCGCAUUUCAAAGGCCCACAGCUUCUACUGAAGGCCUGCCAAAGUUUCUUGAAUUCUUUGUUUUGGGCUAUGAUUUUUCUUAGUAUCUUCAUGACGUCAAGUGCCUUGGCUCUGGCCAACACUUUGUUCACCUACUAUGGCAGCUCAGCAAGUAUUGAUGACAGGAUCUGGAUUUGGCAGCGGUAUGGUACUACUUUUAGGAGCCUGUACAGCUUGUUCGAACUCACUUUCAGUGGGUCGUGGCCUAGCCAAACGCGGCCGCUCAUCGAGAAGGUUCAUGCUGGUCUUGUACUUUUCUUUGUGAUCUACAUCACGACAGUGGCUUUCGGCAUCAUUCGAGUAAUUACUGCUGUGUUUCUCAGAGAUACGCUGGACGCUGCUGCAAGUGAUGCCGAAGAACAGGUGGCAGCUGAACUGAAGAAACGGAAGGAAUAUGCCGGAAAAUUAGAAGAAAUCUUCGCUGCCAUCGAUUCAGAAGGCAAUGGUGUGCUGACUGAGGGCCAAUUGAUUGCAGCUUUGGAGUACCCGAAGAUCAGAGCAUAUCUACAGACCUUGGAGCUUGACGUGUUUGA